AUGCCUCGGGCCGGAGGUGACCACCGCAGCCUGAAAACAGGUAUUAGUGAGACAUUAAAAGAGACAGAUGAUCGGACUCCGCCGAGAUGGCGCACUCUUAGCGAGAUCUUCCAUGACGGUGGUGGCCAUGGGUAUAAUAUAUGGAAAUGGGUCAGGCGUUUGCUAUGGCGUCUAAUUGUUCGGAUAACCACCAGUUACCUUUUGCAAAACUGA